AUGGCUACCACCGCCACCACCAAGACCACAUACUUAAUCACAGGUGGAAAUAGAGGCAUCGGCAAAGGUCUCGUGGCCGCAUACCUGUCACGUCCAAACAACACCGUGAUAGCUGGCGUGCGAGAUCUACAACACCCGACGAGUGUCUCGCUCCAGUCGUUGCCCAAGGACCCCUCGAGUUCUUUGAUCGUGGUCAAGAUCGACAGCCUUUCAGAGACCGACGCCCUCGAUGCCGUGGCAAAACUCGAGUCCAAACACGACGUCGACAAUCUCGACGUGGUCGUCGCCAACGCCGGCAUCUCAGCCAUCUGGCCCGCCGUGGCCGAAGCCAAACCUUCGGACAUGAUCGAUCAUUACCGUGUGAACGCGGUCGGUAUCACCCUCUUAUUCCAAGCCGUGUUGCCCUUGCUCAAGAAGUCAUCGAGCAACAAGAACAUCACCCCGAAAUUCGUCACUCUGGGGACCAUCGCGGGUUCCAUAGCAGCUCAGGAGACAGUCCCCGUCCCCAACGCCGCUUACGGCCCUUCGAAGGCGGCCAUGAAUUGGAUCACCAAGAAGAUUCAUCUGGAACAUCCCUACCUGAUCGCCUUUCCUCUCUCACCAGGUUUCGUCGACACAGACAUGGGUAAGGCAGGAGCAAAAUUCUUCGGCAUGGGUCCAGAGGUAUUGAUCACUCUUGACGAGAGUAUCAAUGGGAUGACCAAGGUGAUCGACUCUGCGACCCGAGAGACAGCAUCUGGCAAGAACUUGACGUACGAGGGCAAAGAGGAUCCUUAUUAG